AUGGAAGUUGAGGAAGAAGAAGUUGCGAAGGAAAUCUCGCAACCUUCGGUUGCGGAAGAGCCGAUCGAGCUGAAGGACGAACUUGAUGAGGCCGACGACGACGAUGUCCCUGUACAACAAAUCUGGCCUGCUCUCACUCCUCACGCCGAAGAGAAAUAUAGAAAGGAGAUUGAACACAUUCAAACGACUUUUCACGAUGACGUGGACAUGUUUGACACUACUAUGGUCAGCGAAUACGCUGAUGAAAUUUUUGAAUAUAUGUCACAGCUCGAAGUCGAGAUGAUGCCAAAUCCUGAGUAUAUCCAUGGCCAAAGCGAGAUCACGUGGGAUAUGCGCCAGACCCUUGUUGACUGGCUUUUGCAGGUUCACCUCCGCUAUCAUCUCUUACCCGAAACGCUUUGGAUAGCGAUCAACCUAGUAGAUCGCUUCCUCAGCAAACGUAUUGUGUCUGUCGUCAAGCUUCAGCUUGUCGGUGUAACCGCGAUGUUCAUUGCAGCCAAAUACGAAGAGAUUCUCGCACCAUCGGUAGACGAGUUUGUAUUCAUGACGGAGGGUGGCUACUCCAAAGAAGAAAUUCUCAAGGGAGAGCGCAUCGUCAUGCAGACUCUUGAUUUCAAAGUUUCCAGCUAUUGUUCGCCAUAUAGCUGGGUUCGUCGAAUAAGCAAGGCAGAUGAUUACGAUAUCCAGACUCGCACGCUUUGCAAAUACAUCGUCGAAGUCACGUUACUGGACUACCGCUUUCUUCGCGUGAAGCCAAGCUUAAUAGCUGCUGUUGGAAUGUACACAGCACGUCGGAUGCUUGGAGGUGACUGGAAUGAUGCAUUCGUUUUCUACUCUGGGUUCACAGAAGAACAUCUCCUCCCGGGGCAUAACUUUGUCGUCGAAAAGCUUCUUGAAAAGAGCUUCGACCGGCAAUAUGUUAGCAGGAAAUAUGCGAAUAAGAAGUUCCUCAAGGCAAGCGUAUUUGCAAUAGAGUGGGCGCGCUUGAACGGAACGACCCCGCAAGGCGAUGCCUGCGAGGAAAUGGUGCUUGAAGCAUGA